AUGAAAGAGCGUGAAGACGAGAUGGCGAACGCGUCUCUGAAUGGCGGAGCUGGUGGCGCGACCAACUCCCCAAACCGCUUCGGUCGGAAACUAUCACUCCUCGUCCGCGAUGAGGCCGUCACUGAUGAGAUGCAGCUUCGACGAGCGACCUUUAUACUUCCCAAGACGGGAGAGCGAUCGAGACGACAGUUCACACUUCGGGAUGCCUCGCAACGCCUCACAGCAAGGUCCAGACGGGCAAGCGCCUCCGACGAUGGACAGGAACCACUGUUUGCUCAUGGCCAUUUCGGCUGGCAUGAUCGCGACAGACCAUUCGCCACCCGGAUAUGGGACGCAUCACGGAGACGAGCGCUUCAGGCAUGGGACUUUGCCCUGUCGCCAACCGGCCAGGGUAUCUUCAAAUGCUCUAUAGGCUAUGUUCUUGGAAGUCUGGCCACUCUCAAUUACACCGUCGCAGGCCUGUUCGGUGGCAGACAGGACAGUAAACACCAGGUCGCAACGACUGUCGUGUACUUCCAUCCGGCACGAACUCUGGGAAGCAUGCACGAGGCGACCAUCAUCGCCUUCGUCGCCUUUCUGUACGCUGCCUUCCUGUCGCUCUGCAGCAUGGGACUUUCAAUCUUCUUCGCCAAGAACGACAUGAUGGCCGUCGGUCAUGCUAUAGUCCUCAUCUUCUUCAUCGGUGGCGGUUUUGGCUUUAUGGCAUAUGUGAAGCAGAAGCUCGGCAAUCCUUUGGUCAACGUCGGCGCUUCGUUGGCCUCGCUGUCAUCUAUCAAUGUGCUCAUAAGAGAAGGAGCUGUGCAAGCCGGCGCCUUCAGCAUGUACAAAGUGACACAGCAGCUGGGCAUGACAAUCAUGGGCAUUGCUAUCGCUGCUGCGGUCAACUUUCUAGUCCUCCCCACUCUGGCCAGGAAGAAGCUAUCCGUGGAGAUGGAGAAGAACACCGAUCUGCUUGGCGAAAUGCUCAUCAGCAUCACUAGAGCAUUUUUACACGGACGAGAAGGUGAUCUUGAAGAUGAGUACUACAAGAUCUUGGCCAAGGAACAUCAAGCCUCGCUCAAUGCCAUGAAGAAAAGUCUCAACGAGGCGAAGAAGGAACAUUACGUCCUGGGCGCUGAGAAGGUCUACGCUGCGGAAGCGAGGGUAGUUGAAAGCCUGCAUGGGCUUGCGGCGGAUCUUGGUGGUUUGCGAAGUGCUGCAAUGGCACAGUUCGCUUUCUUGAACCAAGAGGUGCCUACCGGAGGAGGCACUUCACCGCUACCAACGCUUUCGCAGUGGAUAGCAUCGCCACCAGAGACGCCAGCGGCCCACGAGCACGAGCCGUCACAGUAUUUUGGCAAUCUGGAUGUCAUCAGGGAGUCUCCAGAAGAGCGGAGCGAUCCAAUAAAUGGUACAGCUAAGCAAAAGCGCACUAAAAGCGCAUCGGCGUCCAUCUCUCGCAACUACAGCAUGGACUUUGCCACCUCCACUGGUACCGCAACGCCCAUGUCAAUACAAUCAGCCAUCGAGCUACCGACACCACGAACGCGUGAGAGCCUUGUCAGCGCAAACAUCGCAAAGAGUCCUGGCGACAUGUUCAUUGCGUUUAUCAGCGAACUCGGCCCGCCCACAAAGUCACUUGUCUUCACCGUCAAGCAAAUCCUCGACGAAAUGCCCUUCAAGGAAGCAGCGCCAAGUCGGAAUCCAUGGACAUCAAGAGAGCUUGAAGUUGCAGUCAACGAGCAGUUCCACCAAAGUCUGAGACAGGCUGUUGAUUUGUAUCGAGAGAAUCGCAAGGAAGCGCUGGGCACGUUGUAUGAGAACCGGGCUAUUAAUGCUGCCAUCAAUGCGCAGGUUGGGAGUAAGAGCACUUUCGCCACGAGGACACCGACUGCAUCUGCACCCGGCUCUCCAGUCGAAACACGCCGCAAGCCACAGUCGCCCACCAAGUCCAAGUCAUUGUUCGAUCGAAGGCCUGAAGAAGUACUGGCUGACGUUGAAGAAGUUACUGCGUGCUGUGGGCAUUUCUCUUUUUCACUACUGGAUUUUGCUGAAGAUGUCCUCCACUACCUAGAUAUGCUGGACGAUCUGAAGGCUGAAAUGGAGUCUCCAAAAAGAUCAUGGAAUUGGCUACUAUUCUGGAGAGGCUACGGACGGCAGAAAACACCCGCUAUGCGCACGAACACUCUCCCCGAAAGCAGCGAGGACCCAGACGUUGGUAUCCCUUCGCCCAUCAGGAAAGCUGAUGCCUUCGCUGGGGAUCUCACAAAUGCUGCUCGGAAGCAGCCUUGGUACACCAACUUCUAUCGAAGUCUUCGAUUUCUCCGACGAGACGAUGUCAAGUUUGGUAUCAAAGUUGGAUUGGGCGCCGCCCUGUUCGCACUUCCUGCCUUCCUAAGAGACACUAGAGCCACCUUUCUUCAUUGGCGCAUGGAGUGGGGUCUCGUAUCAUUCAUGGUCGUCUGCAGCAUGACCGUUGGCGCCGUCAACACGACCGGCUUCAACCGCAUUAUAGGCACCAUCGCAGGAGCUCUCUGCGCAGUGGUAGCUUGGCUAAUCUCCAAUUCCCACGGCAUUGCCAAUCCGUGGCUACUCGGCUUCUUCGGCUGGGCUAUGUCACUCGUGGGCUUCUACAUCAUCGUCGCAAAGGACAAUGGACCCAUGGGCCGCUUCAUCUUCCUGUCAUACAAUUUGACCGCGCUCUACUCCUACAGUCUCUCCAUCCACGACGACGACAACGACGAUGAAGGCGGCAUCGAUCCUGCCAUCUGGGAAAUCGCACUCCAUCGUGUCACAGCCGUAGCAGUCGGUUCAAUCUGGGGCAUCAUCGUAUGCCGCUGGAUCGCCCCCAUAUCAGCACGCCACAAGCUCCGCGAGGGUUUGAGUCUGCUAUGGCUCCGCAUGGGUCUCAUCUGGAAACGUGACCCCCUAGCACUGUUCCUUCUCGGCGAGCCGACAUCGGCAUAUAUGGACAUUCGAGAAGAAGCCGAUCUCCAAGCCUUCCUCGGUAGCCUCAAGAGCCUCCGAAAAGCCGCGUCCCUAGAGUUUGAGUUCCAAGGCCCAUUCCCAGACAAACCUGUAGGCCGCAUGCUCGAUUGCGCCAGUCGCAUGAUGGACGCCUUCCACGCUAUGAACGUCGUCAUCUCCAAGAACCCCCAAUGCACCCCCGGCGAAGCCGCCGUCCUCCGCUACACCCGCCCCGAACGCUUCGCCCUCUCCGCCCGAAUCAGCCACCUCUUCACCGUCCUGGCGUCCAGCAUCAAUCUGGAGUACCCCCUAAGCGACGCCUUACCGGACAUCACAGAUAGGCGAGACAAGUUGCUUGCGAAGAUUUCGGAGGUCAGGAGGACGGGAGAGGGGAGGGAUCUCGCGACGGAGCAGGAUUAUGAGAUGCUUUAUGCUUAUGUCUUGGUUACGGGCCAGCUGGCGCAGGAUAUACAGGCGGUGGGGAAGGAGAUUGAGGUUUUGUAUGGGACGCUUAAUGAGGAGAAUUUGAGGUUGCAUUAG